AUGGCUAUAAAAAACGUGAUCUUAUUUCUAGCGGUUUUAUGCAUUGCAUUGUCUGUAAAUGCCCAAUUACCACAAUUUCCGGCACUUUUUCCUUUUCCAUUUCCAUUUCUACCGAGUCCCGGUGUACCAGGAUUACCUGAUAUAACAAAAUGUUUAUCAUCUGUGAUAAAUAUUCCAGGGUGCAUCGUAGAGUUUUCGCAAUCCAUACUCUUAGAAAAGUUCGGCAAGAUAGGUUCAGCUUGUUGCAAAGCAAUUUUGGAAGCCGAAACCAAUUGUAUUCCGCAACUUCCGUUCAAUCCGUUUUUUCCUCCUAUGCUAAAGGAACAAUGUUCAAAAACUGUUGGCGGAGCCUCCUACUAAAAAUUAGAACUUAGAAACCAAUAAUGUUAACCUUUGCUUUCUUUUUUUU